AUGUGGCCCGAGGAGGGGCACCGGAGGCUUUCUGGUGCCCGGGUUGUUGUUGGGGUGGCCGCCUCCAACAGUAGCCGUCCUAUGCUCGGCCAGCCCAGGCCAGGAUCUGGACGUGCCACAGGGACUACUAAAGAUGUAGCAGAAGAAUCUGUAUCGGAUGAUGACAAAAGGAGGAACUAUGGUGGGGUGUAUGUUGGCCUGCCGUCGGACGCGGCUGCCAUGGUUUCCAGUCAGACGAAAGCUGCACCGAAAG